GAUCGCAUGCUCUGCAAACCUCGGCCAGUGUGAGAACUGGGACCCAGCCACACACCAGCAUAAACAGUCGUGCGCCGUUCCAAUAGCAUUGCAUCUGCCUGGCCCCACUCAGCUACUGAAUGGAGCCAAUGGGCUGGUGUACUUACUUGCAGAUAGUCCCGUCUCUCUUCCCUGGACCCUCUCGCUCUCCUUGCGAUUUAGUGUGCAUUUGGCUCCUGAGCAGGGCACGCUGUGUCAUCGGGGGGAGGGAUGGCUUCACCGGAUGAUUGAAGAGUGUGGAGAAUGUUAAUGGGAAAACGUACUGAUCGCCCACAGCAGCAGCAGCGGCAGAGCCUGUACUCCCUGGUUAGAGGCGAGAGGUGUACACCAAACGCUGGGCGAGAAACCGAGCCAGAUCAGGGGCUAUGAUGGGCGCAUUCAUAUUAAACUUCUGCGCUGGAGAGGACGGCACAUAGAUAAAACCUGCAACAGAAGUUAAAGCGGAAAAGGCGAGGAUGAGAGACGCUGCCCAGAGGGAUAGGCUGAGAUGUGAAAUAUUGGAUGUGAAGAUGGAUUAACAAUGAGUCUAAGCGGGAAUGAAAACAGCUGGCGUGUAGUUGUUGACAAGAGUAUGAUAGCAUGCAAACUGGGCUGAACACAAACAAUGACUUAUUCAAACCUACCCCAUCGAUCUGACUGACGAUGGACCACGAUAACUCGUCCACUUCAGUUUCUCUUCCAGCUAUAAUAGCUAAAUCCUCGGAAAAUUCCUCGGAGAUGCUAAUCACCUGGAAUAAAAACAGUCAGUUAGGGCUGAGGAUUUCACUGUCUGUCGUUCUGGGUAUCAUCACCUUAGCGACCAUCCUUUCCAAUUCAUUCGUGUUUGUCACCAUUUGCCUCACGAGGAAACUCCACACUCCAGCCAACUAUCUCAUUGGGUCUCUAGCUGUCACAGACCUCCUAGUGGCUAUCAUGGUGAUGCCCAUCAGUAUUGUCUAUACUGUCAUCAAGACCUGGACUCUUGGGCAGAUCAUGUGUGAUAUCUGGCUAUCCUCUGACAUCACGUUUUGCACUGCAUCUAUCCUGCACUUGUGUGUCAUUGCUCUGGACAGGUACUGGGCCAUCACUGAUGCCUUGGAGUACACUAAGCGUCGCACGCCGGGUAGAGCUGGCCUGAUGAUAGCUGUGGUAUGGGUCAUCUCAAUCUGCAUCUCCAUUCCCCCGUUAUUCUGGAGGCAGUCGAAAGCUCACAAUGAACUCAAGGAGUGCGUAGUCAACACCGAACAGAUAUUCUACACUAUCUACUCCACUUUCGGAGCCUUCUACAUCCCCAGCGUGCUGCUAAUUAUACUGUACGGCAGAAUUUACAUGGCAGCGCGAUCGAGGAUUCAGAAACCGCCUUCAGCCUUCGGAAAGCGCUUUACUACGGUACAGCUCAUAAGCGGGUCGACCGGAUCUUCUCUCUGCUCUGUUGGCUUUAACAGCCAGGAGACCUUGCCUCAUUCUGGUGAAUCUCCCGUCUACCUGAACCACAUCAAAGUCAAAGUGUCAGACAGUGUCCUGGAGAGAAAGAGGAUCUGUGCAGCCAGAGAGCGCAAGGCCACCAAAACCUUAGGGAUCAUCCUUGGUGCUUUUAUUUUCUGCUGGCUCCCUUUCUUCGUGGUGGCCUUGGUAAUGGGCAUCUGCAAAGACGCGUGCUGGUUUCAUCCUGUGCUAUCCGACCUCUUCACGUGGCUUGGCUAUUUGAAUUCACUCAUCAAUCCGGUCAUCUACACAGCUUUCAAUGAGGACUUCAAACAGGCAUUCCAAAAACUAAUGCGACUCAGACGAUGUUAACUGUAAGCAACUCUAUGCUAACAGUGCAUUUUCCUGUCAUUUUCACGUACGAUAAAAAGAGCGAGAGCCCAACCUACUGAACCUUGAUUUUUAGGGACAUUAAUUUGUCUGCAUUUACCUUGCACAUUGUACGUUUUAGUACUUUGAUUUUUUUUGUCCCCACGUAUCUCUGUACAAGGGGAUGUUAAAUUCACCAAACUUGCAUCUAAGUGGCGUUGUUAAAUUAAGCUUUUUUGCAUAAGUGUGAAUAACUGAAGAAUAGAAUUGCAAUGAUGCUGACAUUCUAAAUUGCACUACAGGAACCUUUUAGAAUUUUAUUAUGUUUAAAUACAAGUCUUUUGUUUUAUCAUUAUUCACUCAAUGCAGGUUUUAAAUAUGCUGUCUGUUAAACAGUGCGAUAUUUAUGGUAAAAUAUCUCACUAAGUUAUAUAAUGACAAACUGGCAUGUCUACUUGUAUUGAAAAUGUGGACAUGUAUGAUAUUGGAAAAUACAGCAGAAGACAUUUCAAAACAUCAAUGGGAACUAUGAAGAUUUCACCUCGAACUUUAUAUACAGUACAAUCCACAGCCAUACCAACAUUGGGGCGGCACGGUGGCUCAGUGGUCAGCACUGCAGCCUCACAGCCAGGGACCCGGGUUCGAUUCCAGCCUCGGGCGACUGUCUGUGUGGAGUUUGCACAUUCCCCCCGUGUCUGCGUGGGUUUCCUCCUGGUGCUCCGGUUUCCUCCCACUGACCAAAGAUGUGCAGGCUAUGUGGAUUGGCCAUGCUAAGUUGCCCGUAGUGUUCAGGGGUGUGUGGGUUAUAGGAGGAUGGGUCUGGGUGGGAUGCUUCAAGGGCCGGUGUGGACUUGUUGGGCCAAAGGGCCCGUUUCCACGCUGUGGGGAAUCUAAUCAACAUUGCUGGCUUACCAAUAGUUUGUGACCGAGUUUGUCAAGAAUGUGGCUAUAAAAAACUGCGAGGCUGAAGCAAGUAACUGUGAAAGUUUAAGUGUGGCCAUCGAGAUUGUAAUUACACUGCAGGCCUCCCUGUGCUUACCAGGCAAAAGUUGGAGGGCAUUUGCGAGAGAUUUUAACCAAUUCCAUUCAGGGAUUUAAGGAUAGGCCUUUAAAAAGAGCAGGAUGGCUUACCCACAAUCAGAAUUUUUAACAUCUUUACAGCAAGUGGCAAGGAUGUUCCUCUUAAUUACACAGACGGGGGAUGAGUGAGACCCUACACAGGAGCCACAAUUGUUACUCUUUUGCUUUGGUUUUUCUUCUUAGGCGAAAGCAUGAGGAUGUGAAUGUCGGAAUAGAAGAAGCUAACAUUGGUGCGGUGGAACAGCAGAAGUGCUUCUCUUGACUGCAUCAGGAAAACUUAGACCUUCGCUUCCCCCUUCAGGCCUGCAGUACUGCUCCAAAAACCUGUGGUCUGUGACUUACCACCCCCUGGUGGAGAGCAGUUAACAUUUCAGAUUGAUGAUCAUUUUGUUUCAUGACAGGAGAGAGCUGACAAGAGGGUGCGCACUUUAUUGACAUUUUAAAAUUGUAAAGUGCUCAGGCGGUUCAACAAAACACCCAUUGACUUUCUAAGCUUAGUUUCAUGUUGGACUGGAGCUGUACUCCAUUGAUUUAGACAGCUCAUUCAAUGGGGAACCAGUCUGUAGGAGAUAGGAAAGUCCAAUUUCUCAUCCUCCCCAGGCCAGUUACAGUCAGGCUCUAAAAUAUUAGUCUAUUCAGUGAUGUCCAGAAUUGAGUUUAAAAAAUACAUUUUAAAAACGAAUUUGUUGAUGCAGAUGAGAGGAUGCUUUUGUGGAGCAUAGCCACAGUAUGGACCAGAAAGGAUGAAUGGUCACUUUCUGUGCUGUAAACACUUACUUACGACCCUAUUUUCACAUCAGUUCCACACCUGAAAUUCCUUCGUACGAACAGUGUUCAGACAGUGUGACUGAAGCUUCGAGUCUUUUAUGUAAAGAAUGUUGCUGUUUGUUUAAAGUGUGUUUUUCACUGGAAAGGUUCUUUCGGGUUAUCAACACUCUCCUACCUAAUAACAUUUUCAUUAACUCUCAUCGCCCUCUGUUUCUUACAAGCACACACUUCUAUUUUGAGGACACCAUUUGAAGCAGAUUGAGCAGAUGAUCAGGAAAACUGAAACAACAGCUCAUCAAGCUAGAUUCAUUCAGACCAAUUCCACAUGCAUUGUUUUGAGUGUUUGCUUUAGUAAAAUGCAUGAUGUAUUUCUUAUUGUGAUUGUUGAAUUAAUUGGGUGCUGUAGGUGGAUGAAUACCAGAUUGAAUCCUACCGAGAGGAAAAGCAGUUUGAAGUUGCAUUAAGGGGAUGCUUAAUGUUGGAAAUCUAUUCCAGGAUUUCAUUGAAGGAAUUGUCCUUUCAAAAACUGCACUGUUUUUCAAAAGCAAUAUUCUUAGCAAAUUAUAAAAACCUAUUUGCUUGAUAGCCUGUGCUGCUCAAGCCACCAAAUUAGUUGCAGUACAUCAUACCUUGUUCAACCAGGUAUUUACUUAACAAUUAUAUAUAAUUGCAUUUUGGCUGGAAGAUUAUCUUGUAAAUAAUGAUGCCAUGGUUAUCAAAGAUAUUUCUUUAUACUGUGAAUUCAUAAGCACCCUUUAUGAAUUUGGCAACUUUCAACUAGAUGUGACAGCCCCAUCAAACAUGAAUUGUCCUGGGCUGUUGGCGAGGUAUAUUAAUUACACUAGAGCUACUGUAAGAAUUGCUAUCAAUCAAAGCCUGGUCUACAUCAAAAUUCAGAAAUGUACUGCGAAAUGUAUUUACAGAGUUUAGCCAAUUAUUGCACCGUAAAGGUUUCCUCAUUUAGUGGUUCAUUUGAUAUACUCACUUGUAUGUUAGUUACACAGGCUAGGAAUAGUGGGUACAAAUCAGUCUUAUGCUCUUAAUGUCCUUCCAAUAGCAGAAUCCAGCAUUCUGGAAGGAAAUCAAACAGGGCUCCCUUUCUUGAAUGUUAACUUGGAAACAUGCACUUGCCAAAUUUAGAGUAACAGCAAAAUGAGCCUAGAGUUUUACUCUAUGUUAACUGCCACAUUUCCACAGCCUUCCAACUCUCAGAGGAUUGACCACUUGGAGAAGAUAUCAGAGGCUGAUUAUACCAUUACGGGAGUCGGUCUACCCAGGGCAGUAGGAAAGAAGAAAAAAGGAGAUAAAAUUGCCAAACUGCAAUCUUGUAUUUCUUUCCCUUGCAACACAGUAGGCAGUGUCCCAGCCUUAGAGCCAGACACUCUGGGUUUGAGUUCUGCUCGGAUUUGAUGGCAAUUGGAAUUCUUUUCUAAUACAUCCAAAAGUAUCAACCUGCGGAUCCUUCCAAUAUAUGCCAAUGGCAGGAGGUAAGAGAUUCCUGGUCAGCCAUUUACAGGAAAGGACAUUGGAAUAGCAUUAAUAGUAAGAGGGUGUUACCAUAACAAUUUGGACUUGCUGUGCUGGUUUGCUCAGUUGGUUGGAUGGCUGGUGUGGAAGAAUUUGUGCCAAUACCACUGGGUUCAUUGCCCACUCUGGCCAUGGUGCACUCUGUAGCUUUGGAAGCCAUGGCACUGGUGGGGCAUCGGACCUGCCUUCAGGUAGACAGCAUGAAAAGUUUUUUUUUGUUUCUAACUCUUUCACCCUCUUGAUCUCCAAAAGACUCUGACUUCUAAAGGAAUAGUUUAUGCCAGUGGAUAUCGUAUCGCAUUCGUACUUGAGUCACUUCUUUUGUGAACUUCUUUCAUUUUUAAGGAAAGAAAUACUUCGUUAAAGCAAAAACUGUAAUCCCCAUUCUCAAAAUGUCAUGCCAGUAAAAAUGUGUAUCAUCACUCAUUGGCUCUGCAAUGAGAUCACUGUAUAGAACACAUCAAGUAAACCUUGAGUUUUGUAGUAUGUUCAAGUCCCAAACUUAUGUCCCAGUUUGUACUGACUUAUUUAACCUCAUCCUGGUGCAGCAGAUGGAAGCCCACUUUUGUUCUAAGUACCUCUGUAUGGUGAAGCAUGCAUGGGCGAUGAGUGUGGUGAGGUUAUUAGCAAAGAGUUUCUACUCCUGAUCACUACCUUUGGCAGCAGCCUGUUGGAACUGAAUGAGGCCAUGGAUGUUCAAGGAGGAGCAUGUCAGCUUUAUUGAGAUUGCCCUUGGUAGUCAAAAGAUCUGGAAAAUCUUUGCUUUUGACUGGACAGAUGUCUUCUGCCUCCCUCCGAACUGUGUUCCAGAAACAGGUGGAGAUUUCAGGAGAGUAAGGGAGAAGAUUUGAAGAACUGUUUGCAGGAUAUUUCCAUCUGACAGCAAGAAUGUAAUCAAAGUUCACAGAAAGGAAGACCCAAAGAAAAUAGACUAUGAAUUGCAUCUGCACUACAGCAAGAAUUAGCAGCUGCUUGGUUAUCAAGAGUGAUAUAAUUCUGUGUAGAGUACUUUCUCUGAUACUGGA